CAUCAACUCCCAGCUGAAAUGCUUCUCUCUCUUCAGACUGUGAAACAUCUGCUGAAGGCCGUGACGCUGGAGAAUCUUAUUUCUCACAGAAGUCUGCUGCACGAAGGCAAACUGGUGCUCACAGAGAACACCAAGCAGAUAGACGUCUACCUGUUCCUCUUUGAUGAAUUCCUGCUCAUCACCAAGAUAAAGAGAAACAAGAAGAACCUGGAGCUGGACCAGCUGCUGAAGGAAGGGUGCACCUUCACGGUUCUUGACCAGCCCAUCUCUCUGGACCGACUCCGGCUCAGGAACAUCGAUCAGCUCAAUGCCUCAACAUCAGGGCUGCCUCAUUCUUUUAUAAUCACGCACCAGAACCGCUACCAGCAGUGUAUUGGUGCGUUUGUCCUUCAGGCUGACGGACACAUUGAGGUAAACUGA